AGGCUUUUAUUUUGAUAACCACUGGCCGGAAAUGCCAGUUCCACUAUGGCGGACUUGACGGCUCGGGAUGUGGCGGAGGUGGAGGACGGGAAGCAGGAACUGAGGGUGGAAGAAGAAGAAGAAGAAGAAGAAGUGUGUGUAUGAUGAGACCGCUGCUGCAGCGCUCGUCGCUCCGCUGCCUCAGGACAGUCCUCAGUUCAUUUCCCGCUUCUCGAGACAAACUCGUCACACAAGCAGCAGCUGCUCCUCAUCUGUUUUAUCUCAGAAAAACGAUGCACUAUCAAACCGAGGAGAGAGGACGCCCCAAUUCUCCCGACUACCGGAUUUAUUUUAAAAUCUCUGAAGGGAAGUACAUUUCACCGUUCCAUGACAUUCCACUGAUAGCGGAGACAGAACAAGACAAUGAUGUGCCAGCUAAAAAACCCAGGAACAGUGAGACUGAGGUUCUCUAUAACAUGGUGGUGGAGGUACCUCGAUGGUCAAAUGCUAAAAUGGAGAUUGCAACAAAGGAACCGCUGAAUCCAAUCAAACAAGAUGUAAAGAAAGGCAAGCUCCGAUACGUUGCUAACAUAUUUCCUCAUAAAGGUUACAUAUGGAACUAUGGAGCGCUCCCACAGACAUGGGAGGACCCAAACCACACAGACACAGACACCAAGUGCUGCGGUGACAAUGAUCCCAUUGACGUUUGUGACAUUGGCAGCCAGGUGUGCUCUCCAGGUCAGGUGAUCCAAGUGAAGGUGCUGGGCAUUUUGGCCAUGAUUGAUGAGGGAGAAAUGGACUGGAAGGUCAUUGCUAUCAAUGCUAAGGACCCGGAUGCCAAAAACCUAAACAGCAUAGAGGACGUCCGCAAGAGCCGACCCGGUCAUUUAGAGGCCACUGUCGACUGGUUUAGGAAAUACAAGGUGCCUGAUGGAAAGCCUGAGAACCAAUUUGGAUUCAAUGGACAAUUCAAGGACAAGGACUUUGCAGUUGAGAUCAUUAAGUCCACCCAUGAGCACUGGAGGGCACUAGUGCAGAAGGAGACAAAUAAUGAAGGGAUUGAAUGCAAAAACAUCUCUUGCUGCAAGAGCCCUUUGAAAUGCAGCGUUGAUGAGGCCAGGGAUGUGGUCCAGUCGGCCCCAGCAUUUGGCAGCCCACAUCCUGUGUCUCUAGAGGUGGACAAAUGGCAUUUUGUCUGAAACCCCAAUGCCAGUAUGGAAACCGACAGAAAUUCUUAACAUCCUCUGAAGCAGUGCUGCAUGUUUUGUUUUCAGCUGGAUUUAUUUUUGGUAAGGACUUAUUCUCAGCUGUAUACAGUGCCAUCUACAUUUACCAUCCAACAAUUUGUUGAAAAAGAAAAUGGAAAGAAAAAGAAUAUACAUGGACAGUAUGAGCCAGUGAAGAUCUGUACUUUUGUAAUGCUGAGUAAAGAACCAGAGGCAUGGUGUCAUGUUGAACACCAGAUUACACCAAUUAUAAUUUAAGGGUUAAUGACAAAAACAUUGGUCUCCUUUCUAUCAAAUUCUAUUAAAUUAUAAAUGAUGUUGUAUAUGUAUUGCAGUGUUUUUGUGGUCAAUGCUCAGGUACAGGCCUUGCACUGUAUAGAAUUAUGAUCUGAUUUGCCUUUAAGACCAUAAUCAAUUUGUACUUACCGCCACAAACACGAUGUCAUUUGUUUGUAACAUUUAAACAAUUUCUUUUCAUUUGGAUAAAUAAAAUUAAGGGGUGAACAUG